UGUACACUUGUCAUUUUCUUGUCAAACUUGGUCCGUAGUGCGAAAGCCAUCUCGCCACGCAUUUCGGCAAAUAAUUUAUACGAAAUGGCAGAAUCAGCGACGGAGAACCUUAUAAACAUUGAAGAAGCAGUUAAGGAAACCGUAAAAAAUGCUACAGACAAGCCACCGACGAGUAUUGAAGGUAUUGCGAUUGCAUACCUGAGUUUAGUGAUUAUGGCUGUGUUACCGAUAUUCUUCGGGGCUUUCCGAUCAGUAAAAUACCUGAAAGAGCAAAAGGAAUCGGGCGAGCGACAUGAGACUAUGUCAAACAAGGAUGCGCUGAUGUUCCCUCUGAUCGCAUCGGCGGCGCUGUUCGGACUGUACAUCUUUUUCCAGUUCUUCUCCAAGGAGUACAUCAACCUGCUGCUAACUGGAUAUUUCUUCUUCCUAGGAGUUCUUGCCUUGAGCCAUCUUCUUAGCCCGAUAAUCUCGUUCAUGGUGCCGGCGUGUAUCCCGAACGUGUCGUACCACAUCCACUUCACGCGCGGUGAGGACGACACUCGCUCGGACAUUGUCAACUACAAGUUUACGUCGUACGACAUCAUCUGUAUAUUCAUCUCACUAGCCAUGGGAGGCUGGUACAUACUUAAGAAGCACUGGAUCGCGAACAACUUGUUCGGCAUCGCGUUCGCGGUGAACGGAGUGGAGCUGCUACACUUGAACAACGUGGUCACCGGCUGCAUCCUGCUCUGUGGACUGUUCAUCUACGACAUCUUCUGGGUCUUCGGCACCAACGUCAUGGUCACCGUCGCAAAGUCCUUCGAGGCUCCCAUCAAACCGACUGCCGGGCAAGGGCACUGGAUCGCGAACAACUUGUUCGGCAUCGCGUUCGCGGUGAACGGAGUGGAACUGCUACACUUGAACAACGUGGUCACCGGCUGCAUCCUGCUCUGUGGACUGUUCAUCUACGACAUCUUCUGGGUCUUCGGCACCAACGUCAUGGUCACCGUCGCAAAGUCCUUCGAGGCUCCCAUCAAACGUAAGAGUACUCACUUUCAUAGAGGGUGGGCGACGUUCACGGCGUACGUGGUGGGUCUGCUGGCGACGAUCCUGGUGAUGCACGUGUUCAAGCACGCGCAGCCCGCGCUGCUGUACCUGGUGCCGGCCUGCCUCGCCACGCCGCUCUGUCUCGCGCUCCUGCGCGGCGACAUCAACGCUCUCUUCAACUACGAAGACCAACCGGCGAUAAUACCGGCCGGCGAAGACACGAGCAAGUCAAAAAAGACUGAAUAGACACAGAGUAUGCCACGUCCAGAGCACAAACAACAAGCACACCGGUACCGUUUAAGUACAUUCAUAUUUAUCACGCGACAAUGGCGGGCCAUGGCGUGACGUCACCCCAUUCGGGACCAGGUUUGACGUCAGAACCGUUUACAGACCGCGCGGUACCCGGCUGUGUCAUACCGUCGUUUGUUUGUUUUAUAUCUUGUGUUGUGUCGAGCUGCUAUUAUAAGUAGGUAGUGUCAUAAUCACCUUCUUCGAUGUUAGCCAUGUCAAUCUUAUCUUAAUAUCUUUAUUUCCUAAGCAUCAGGUUUUAAAUCGUUACAAAAACACUGUCGGUUCGUUUAUAACUUUAUCCAUAUUGUUCUCUCUCGAUGUACUUGUAUACGGCGCGGUCUAUAAACGGUCCUGCACCACGUGAUGUCCUGUAUAUGUACGUAAAUGUUGCUAUUGUAAAAAUAAAUAAAUGAAAGGGUAAUUUAAUUAGACUUCCGUCGUAUCUUCCAUUGGUAUAUCUAAUAGUAUUCAACAUUAAUGUCUAUAAAAUAAUCAGACGAUGAUGUCAGGUAGAUACAUGUGAAACUAGUAAUAAUAUUUAUACUUACGCGUCACAAAUAUUCUUGUAAAUUGUAUGUGUUAGGUGUAUGAAGAAUUGUUAACUUUGUCAUACGAACGUACAGCAUUUAUUUACGUACAAAGCGUUCAAGUUUGAUUGGAUAAAUAAUCUGUAGAACAAAUACAAUGUCGUGGAGAGUGCAUGGCGCGAUGUACCGUGUAGUCGGGCUGCCAGGCCCCGUUAGGUGUCGAUUGUAAGAACUGCGAACAUUCCAACUACCGCCUGAUCUCAUCGUCCGCACACACACUGUUAUAAACUACCAGAUCUAUGUGUAAUAUAUAAAGAAUUUGUUGAAAUUAUAGCAACGCUGCGACUAAAUUAAUUUCUAUAUUUUUAUGUUGAAUAAAAUAAUUUUUAUACUAUAUUUCGUUAAGGUAUUUUUUUAUUGAAAAAAAAUCAUUUUAUAUGUUAUUGUUUUCUGUCAAAGUUAAUAAUAAGUUUAUAUAUUAAUAACAUCAUACCAUUUUUAGCUGUUUCAAAAGUUACCGACGCAAAGUAUUCGCUAAUUUGAUUCCAUUUUUUUCUAAACAUAGUUAUGUUAAGUACAAUAAAUAUAUAAUUAUACGUGCUAUGAUGCUAUUUUCACUUUAGCCAUUUUGAUCACAUAUUUGGGAAAUUUGUGCGACGUCGAGUCUGUGUUGGUGACCGAAUUUCUGGAAUAUGAGUACAAAUUGUACUUUACAUUGAGACUUUCCUUUGGCUUCCUAAACAAUGACUUCUGUAGGAAUAACAAUAUUGCGCACUAUGUACUAUUUACAUAGUAUGUAUAGUAACGUAGGGAGGGCGAGGGCCCCGCAAAUAUUACAUCAGCCUCAAAGGCUGCUCUACUGAUAACCUUUUUAUACCUGUAGGCCGGAGGGGGGUAGUCAGCAAUGUUUAAUUUAUUAGAGUACCUAUAUAACAUAUUGGUAGCUAUUAUGUACACACAUUUUUUACUAGACAGCAGGUUGUAAUGAUGUAAAUUUUAUUGUUUCUACGACCGAAUGAGUUUUUACAAAUAUAACCUUUAUUAUUAGUAGCACUUGUUCUAAUAUUCAACAGUCGCACUACCCCUGGAAUUUACAAUUUACAUUAACUUUGUUUGUGAAGGUAACAUGUAUAGUUAGACAUUUUGAAUGUAUCAUUGUGUUUGAUGGUAUUGUGGAGCGCUGAGCUGUUUAUUAAAAUGAUCAGAUCAGUCGA